CCUUCAAUCGUCCUGCCCCUGACUGACUCGACUCCCCUGGCCUCCGCGCGCAGUUCACCGUCCCGGAUCUCCGCCCCGGCACGCUCGACUCCCUGCUCGCCCUCAGCGACGACCUCGUCAAGUCCAACAUCUUCAUCGAGGGCGUCUCCCACAAGAUCCGCCGGCAGAUCGAGGACCUAGAGCGCGCCGGAGGGGUCGAGCCCGGCACCCUCACCGUCGACGGCGUCCCCGUCGACAGCUACCUCACCAGGUUCGUGUGGGACGAGGGCAAGUACCCCGUCAACGCCCCGCUCAAGGAGACCGUCGCCAGCAUCCAGUCCCAGGUCGCCAAGAUCGAGGACGACAUGAAGGUUAGAGUUGCUGAAUACGGUAAUGUUAAGAGCCAGCUUGGCGCAAUCAACAGGAAGCAAACUGGGAGUUUAGCAGUUCGUGACCUUUCCAACCUCAUAAAGCCAGAGGAUAUGGUCACUUCGGAACAUCUAGUGACACUCCUUUCUAUUGUGCCAAAGUAUUCCCAAAAAGACUGGUUAUCAAGCUACGAGUCACUUGAUACGUUUGUGGUUCCGAGAUCAUCAAAAAAGCUUUACAAGGACAAUGAGUAUGCUCUCUACACUGUAACAUUAUUUGCCAAGGUUGUUGACAACUUUAAGGUCCAUGCUCGUGAGAAAGGUUUCCAGAUCCGUGACUUUGAGUAUAGUCCUGAAGCACAGGAGAGUCGGAAGCAAGAGCUAGAAAAACUGCUGCAAGACCAGGAAGUUAUGAGGACCUCUCUAUUGCAAUGGUGCUAUGCAAGCUACAGUGAGGUACAUGUCUUCUGCAGUGUAUUAUGUCCUAAUAUCGUCUAUGAACCGUAUGGUGAACAAACCACAUGCCCUUAGUUCCUGUACAUUUCCAAAGGUACUGUAGAAAUAAGUCGGUCAAAUAUUUCAUUUGAUUGCACAGAUGUUCUUCAUCAAAACUCAUCCAUUAUGAACUACUCUCCAGCUCGUGGUUGGUUUCUACAGUAGUUUCCUCAUCUAUUUACUAUGUUAGCCUA